AUGGCGAAUAGAGAAAUUCCUCCUUUGUACGGAUGGCCUGCUCCCAGCGAGAUUCCACAGUAUGUGCUCAAUAUCAUGGGAACAAAGAGAAUCGACGAGAACAGCUACGCAAUCGUCUUUCUCAAGAUCUGCUCGUUCGUCAUGGCCGUCUUCGCCAGCUACAAAGUGAUCUCGAUUCUCAAGCUUUACAUUUGGAUUGCUCAGCACCUCGGUUCCUGGGCUAAAUUCAGUGACCCCUUCUACCUGAACAACUUGAUCCUUGUCAUUUUGUUCCUCUGCGGCGGCGGGUCCAUUCUAGCGCUGAAGAUUCCUUCCUUUGACGAAAACGACCCAACGCUCCAUAUUCUCCAACUACCCAUUUUAGUAACUCUUAUAUUUGUUCUUCUGGGAAUGCAGUCUGGAAUCAAGAAAGGAUCUUAA